CGCUUUACCAACCAAACUCCCAUCAAUUCCAAUAAACUUGCAAACAAGAAAACCAUAAAACCAAACUCAUUGUUCCAAAGAUUUCUAGUUCAAGUUAAGUUUUUUUUGUUGUAGCAAAACAUGAUUUCAACAUGGAGGAAGAGAAGAUCAGCAAGGAAGAGCAACUCAAAGAAACAAAUAGAAGAAAAAAGCAUGGAGUUAUUGAUGAUUCCUAGCCAAUUCAAGUGUCCAAUUUCUCUAGACUUAAUGAAGGAUCCAGUGACUUUGUCAACAGGGAUCACAUAUGAUCGAGUGAGUAUCGAGACAUGGAUUGAAAGUGGGAAUCAAACAUGUCCUCUUACCAAAAAAGUGUUGAAGACACUUGAGCCAAUUCCCAAUCACGCCAUGAGGAAAAUGAUCCAAGAAUGGUGUGUUGAGAAUAAAGAUCAUGGUAUUGAGAGGAUCCCAACUCCAAGAAUCCCUGUUACCUCGUCUGAGGUAACGGAGAUUCUUAGGAAGAUUGGGUCUUGCUGCAAGUCGCAGCAAGGCUCAGAGUCUGGUCGUGAACUAGUAAUGAAAAUGAGGAAGAUGAUAAAGGAAAGUGCGAGGAACAAACGUUGUUUUGUUGCAAACGGGGCGGGGAAGGUUUUAUCGUCUAGACUUCUUGGUUUUUCGGAGAAUUUACCAGUUUAUGAAGUUGAGACAAUGGAAGAAAUUUUGUCAACUUUGACUAUUUUAUUGCCUCUAGAUGGUGAGUCCAAGUCAAUUCUUGGAUCAAAAUCAUCUUUAAAUUGCAUGGUUUGGUUCUUGAAAUGUGGAAGUUUAUCAAGUAGGAGAAAUUCAGUAUUUUUGCUCAAAGAAAUCAUGAGAAUGGAGGAAACAUGGAGAGUAGAAGAGUUAUUAAAGAUUGAUGGAGCUUUGGAAUCAUUAGUGAAACUUGUGAAAGAGCCAAUUUGUCCUACUACUACAAAAGCUUCUUUAUUAAGUAUUUACCAUAUGGUUAAUUCAUCACAAUUACCAAAUGUGAAGGCAAGAGCCAAAUUUGCUGAUUUAGGGUUAGCGGAAUUGCUUAUAGAGAUGCUUGUGGAUUGUGAAAAGAGCAUAUGUGAAAAAGCAUUAGGUAUUUUGGUUGGAAUUUGCAAUUCAGAGGUAGGGAGAAAAAGGGCUAAUAGUUAUGCCUUAACUAUUCCUGUUUUGAUCAAGAAAUUGCUGAGAGUUUCAGAUUUGGCAACUGAAUUUUCAGUUUCAAUCUUAUGGAAGCUAAUUGGGAAGAAUGACAAAAGGGACAAUGUUGUGCUUAUUGAAGCACUUCAAGUUGGUGCAUUUCAGAAGCUAUUGCUGCUAAUACAAGUUGGUUGUAGUGAAAAUACUAAGGAGAAGGCUAGUGAGUUGUUGAAAUUGUUGAAUUUGCAUAGAGGCGGAGCAGAGUGUAUUGAUUCUUUGGACUUGAAGAACCUAAAAAGGCCAUUUUGAACCCUAGUUUAGUCGAUAUGUGUAUACAUUCAUUUGUCAGUGUACAAAAUUGAACAAGAAAAUAAAAAUUCUGACCAUUCUUUGGAUAUUAAUAA